UUGUCUUCAAUAUUUUACCCGACUGGUGGUACUAAUUUUCUGUUAUGGCAACAACUAGUCAGCCAUUUUGGAUUUUAGUAGUUAGACGACCGUCCGUCUCAAAAAAACAAUUGUUUUCAAUCUACCUGUUAUUUAUACACAAAUAUAACGCGAGUGCAACGUAUCAAGCCGCCCAACAUUCUAGCAACUUCAGCGUCCGGACCCAGUAUCGACCACUGCUCGUCGCGGCGGGCCCGAUCAGCUGUCAGGAACCUUUGACGUGUAGAACACAAACAAAUUUGUUAACGUGCUAUGCUGUUAACAUGAACGCCACUUUUUACGAGCAACUGGGCGGCGUUGCGGGGGUUUUUGAACAGUGGGGCGCCUGCGAGCGGACUGUGGUCGCCUGCGCUUUGGCGCGGCGAGUGCCCGUGCCGGGGCUGAGGCUCCUCCAGAGGGCUGUGGACGCAGCUCUAAGAGACCACGGGCCUGACGAGAGACUCGAGAGGGACGCUAAUGACGAGACGGUUCUCGCCGGGCUACUUGACGACGACGAAGAUGAGGGCGAAUGCCUCCAUCGUCUGCUGACGCUACUCCCGCUCCUGCGGACAGACAACGCGGCCGCCAAGGACCUCUACGUGUCGGCGGCGCCGCGUCUGGUGCAGCGGUGUGUGGACUCGCGACGGCCUCCUGAACUGUGUUUACAGUUGUUAAGAUAUUUGUUGGUGCAUCCUGCGCUCACAGCUAUGGAUCAGAGAACCCUAACACAAUGGCUCCGCUACCUAGAAAACCACAUGUCCGGCGCCCGACCCGACUCAGUUUGGCAACAGCCGAGCCUCCCCGAACACAACAUAUGGGGCGCAUCCACCUUCCGACGUACCAUCGGCAAAAACGUCGACUAUAGACACCUCACCGACCCCAUAGAAUUGACUUUCUCUACAGAUUUACUACAAGAAUCCUUCUCAAAGAACGGCAGAGAUGUAGACAUAAGUUUAGAAGGAGACAAGCUAAACUUUGAUGCUUGCAUAUCGCAGCCAAAAUCCCAAAGAUCAAGCAGCUUAACCCCACCUUCAACAAACUUCAUACACAUGUCUUCAUCCGCUGAAAAUUUAGCAGAUGAACCGUUUGUUCAGAAACCUAGAAGUUUUUCUUUAUCGAGUGAACAUAGUUUAGGAAUAAGGCCUAUCAUAAUGUAUGGGACGACGGGGAGUGAGACAAGACUUGAUGAUUUGAGGUCGAAUAAGUUUACAGAGUUUCCGGGGAUGUCAACAGUGGCUCAGUGGUUAAAGAGUUUGAGGCUACAUAAGUAUGUGUGGUUGUUUACUAACAUCAGCUAUGAGCAGAUGAUGGCUAUAGAUGAAGAGUAUUUGGAGAAAUUAGGUGUAACAAAAGGCGCUCGCCACAAGCUCUUGCUCUCCAUAAACAAACUACACGAACGACCCGCCAUACUAGACGGAGUGGCCGCCGAGCUCACCAGCGGAGCGCCCCAAGCCGCCGCGAGAGCCCUAGAGCGAUUGAGACAAGUGUUGUUGAGCCCUAUGCCUCCGGAGUCACCUCUGCCGGCGCAGAUAGUCAGUGUUUUGGAGACAGCAUCAACAUGUAUCCCAGAAACCACAGUGCCGAUGCGAGACAUAGAUGACGAUGAACAGCGAGACCCCAUGUCGUUACAUUGUUGGCUCGUUGAAAAGGCGCUCCACCACGGGUCGUUCCGCGCGGCGGGGCUGCAGGCGGCGCUGCGGCGGCUGCGGCACCGCCUGCCGCCGCGCACCUUCUACCGCCACGUCGGCGACCAGCCGCCGAGGCGAGCGCCCAAACCACGCUGGCGCGCCGGGCCGCACUACCCUCGCGCGCCGCGGCCCUGGCUCCCCCCUCCCCCGCCUCCCCCGCCGCGCCCCAAGUCGCACUCGUACCCCCCCUUCCCCCCCGCCGCCGCCGCCGCCGCCGCGCUGCUGCGCCCCGCGCCCCGCGACGACUACUCCAGCCUCGACGCCCUGUGCCUGCAGAUGACCGAGCAGGCCAUCAACUGAACCUGGAAGGUUACUAUUUCACAUUGGUAUGACUCACGAAAACGUUUCUACUGAAAAGUAGGCCCGAUCCCCGCCUCCGCCCCGAAUGCCGCUAAACGGGCCGUCAUUUUUACAUCGGUAUCGAAAAGAAUUUGAAAUAGAGGCGAGUUGUCGUGGUAAAUUAUGUAGCCCCGGUAAAUUUACUGCUAUAUUUCGACAGAAAAUUAAAACUUUUAGAACGCCGUUUGACUUUGAACGAUGGCGCCGUACCUUUGACCUGGUCCGGAGUGGAUGGCGUUACACUAUAUUCUCUUUGUCGGUAUGAAUACUAGUAAUUGCAAACAUCUUAGCCUAUUUCUACUUUAAAGUAGUAAAGAUUCGCGACCUCUGCCCCGCGACGUAAAUUCGACUCUUAACAAGUUUCACUCUAUUUCUUAUUCAUUCUGUAACUUAUUCGAUACAAAAUAUACACAAAUGUAAAUCAAAAUGAAGCCAAACAUACCAAUAAUUAAAAUUCUAACAUACCAAUGUUAAAUAUUUAUGCUGAUAAGGUAGGGACGGUUUUUAUUGUAUUAAAAGUAUGAAAAUAAAACACUAAACUCAGUUGCUAGAACGACUUUAUUAUGAAAUUGCCUAAGUUUUAUAGGCAGAUAUUAUUGACAUUUAAUCAAAUAAUCAGUCGAAACAUGUAUAAAUUAUACUUGCAUUAUUAUUAAUUAUUUUUAUUCAUUGUCUAAUGGACCUAAAUCGAAUUAUUCGCAAUAUGAUAUCUUAGACUAAAAUUAUUUGCUUUGUAGCAAUUUGAAUGUAUAUUUAUUAUCAAUUUUAUGGCACAAUUCAUAUGCAUGGACAUAUAGAUUUCUUAGCGGAAUCCUUUAUUUUUAUUAUUUAUUUUGUUUGACAGUUCGCGACGUGUUCGCACGAACUUAUUUUUAAGGAGGUUAAAGGCGUUACACACGAUCCAAUUUUGCUUAUCAUGAGAUGAGACAAUUUUAACUAGGUACAACUAAGUUACGCGUCGUUUUCGACGCAACUUGUAAGAAGAUAUUAAAUCAAAGCAUAUUGUCUCUUUCAUCAAAUCGGAUCGAAAUUGGAUUGUGUAACUGCGAAAUAAAUGUAUUUUUUGUAAAUAAAUGCUAGAGAAAUGAUAGGGUAUGCUUUAAAUUAUAUAUAGGCAAUGACGAAUAGAUGCCUCGGAGAAAAUACAAAUUAUUCCUAAGACAUAGUACCUUAACGUAUAUUUACGACCAUUUAGCCGCGAGGGACGUUAUGCUGUAGCUUUUUUAUAAAAAAAAUAUUUCGUUGAAUGUAACAGUAAGCCUUCGAUACGUUAAAUAUCGACCUGUAAAGUUUUAAAGUGGAAAUGCAUAUGCUAAACAAUAUUAUAUGUACAUUAGUUAGUCAAAUUCGCUAUUGCAUAACUCCACUCAGUUGACAGCAAAAAAAUUUUACAUUGCUUGUGUGUUAGUGUAAAUUACUGAGAACUGAAGUUUUAAAGCAGUACAAACAAGCGCAAUAAAAAAGGUCGAUUUCAAAAGAAGUUUCUAUCAAAAUGACCCGUAUUUAUUUCGCCUGUGAGCGUAUUUUUUGCUGUCAAUAUUUCUUUAACUGUUGAUAUACGUAAUAAUACUUAGAAAUAUCGCUUCCAAUAGUAUUCUAAUAAAAUUCGACGACAUCGAGCUGUAUUGUAAGGACCUACCGCGAAAAACAAAAUGUCCUUAUCUCACUAUCGUUCUAACAUAUUCGAGCGAUAGAGAGGCAGAUAAAGAAAUUCCGAUUUUAGUUUUUCGCGAUAGGGCCUCUCAUUUUCUCUGGUGCUAGGCGCAAGUUUGAUUUCAGCUAUAUGUUUGAUAUGAGAACGUUAUAUUAGUUUUUUUUUUCAAUUGAAUAUUUGUCAUAUUCUGAAUUAAACUAUUCCCAAUAUUAUAGGAGAUGAUUUUAAAAUGGCAUUAACUAAUCCAUAAACCGAAACUUGAAUUGAGCGUUUUCAUAGCAGAUUGUAGUUGUAACUAGUUUAGGCGAAACGGCCUAAAUUGUACGUACGCGUGAAAGGGAUAGCGAAUCCCAUUUGUCCUUUGUAUGAACAGGACAAAAAAUGUGUGUAUGGUAGUUCCCCCUUGGCUAACAGUCCAGACUUUUCUGCGCGAUACUCAAAAAAUCGGGAUCCAAUUUAUCGUGUAGUGUAAUAGCGCUUUAAGUUAAUCGUAUAAGCAUCCGUCCCUUUGAGAGCUCGAUAGUACGGAUGUAUAAAGAUAGCAUUUUUUCUAAGAAUGUAAUUUUUAUGCGCGUUUUAUAACAUUAGUGAGUUUCGAAAUGGUUUUAUGCGCGUAUUUCAAUCCCUCUUUCUUGCUUCAGUUAUUGGUAGUAAACUAUAUUACUUUCUCUCUAGCAGAUAGCUCUAGUUUUAAGAGGGUAAAACGCGCGUAGAAAAUAGAUCUUUGAAAAAUAAGCCUAACCGAGGUAGCGUGGAAUGCCGGAGAUGUGAAUGUUUGUGUCGGCAAAUUAAACUUCUAAUAGAUAUAUGUUUAUUUGAUUUUGAGGUCUUCAGACGUAACAAUCUGACUGCAAACUUGUUUCAUCUCUUGCGAUCAGAAAUGCCUUCAGAAUGGUAAGAUUUGUCAGUUUAAUCGCUUCGUCUGCAGAGCCCAUAAGCCAGCGCGCCUAUUAGUCGCAUUUUUAUAGUUUAUCGUUGGGGAUAAACCCAUUAAUCACUCUCAAACUUGUCAGUCCAUGGCGCAAGUCUUAUCCACGGUUAUAAACAAUAAAACGGACCUUAAUAGGACAAAUGUGCCGUUUUCAAACGGUAACUUAUUGUCGGUUGUGAUAAGGCAUUAUUGCCAUGUGAUGCGAUUGGAAAUCACACUUAUUUUAUCUGCAACCGAUAUUAUGGUACAUUAUUCCUGAAAACAUCACAAAAUAAAUGAUAGUUUAAUUUGUCGACUGAUGUCGUGUUGUCGCUUGUGUCGUGUCGAUUGUUAACUUUGUUAAAUGUUAUAUCGCGUAAGCCGUGUACAUCAUUACGCGGUUAUCACACUGAAGAUCCGCACGCCACUACGGUGUGUGAGCGAGACAGCGCUAUGCGCGUAUAUGGCGGUGUACUCACACACCAUAGCGGCGAACGGAUCAAAUGUGAAGACCGUGAAUGUAGUUAGACCUAAUCGUUGACUGAAUGCAUAAUUUAUGUAAUUUCAAUACUUUUUUUUACACAUUUUUAUUAAUUUAUCAGCAAUAUUUAUUUUGACUGGAUCAAAAGUUUGAUGGAACGUGUGCAAUUUUGCGUAUUUUAAGAUUAAUUGUAAAUAUGUUAUUUGCGUAAAUAAGUUAUUGUUUUGUACAAAUGAAAUACCGUUGACCAGAUUUAGAUUAAGCCGAUUGCAGUCUGUCUUAGGCCACCAAAAUAUAGUUUUGUAAUAGACAAAGAUUCUAUAUAGUAGCGAAUAUAUUCCAAGGCUGUACCAUUGCUUCUUUACUUGAUUUCGGCGUUUAUUGUUUAGCGGACUGUGAUAUGUGGUUUGUUUUACGAUCAUGUUUAUCGGCACUAAGAAUAUAGCAUAAUGUGACUGUU